CAAGUUAUAAAAUUGAUUAGAAUUGAUUUACCGCAGCAGCAUCAUCGUUCAUUAGGUUAAUUUGAUUUUGAUUGCCAACCCAAGUGGGAAGUUCUCAAAUAUUAGCAGAAGCAGGUGGUCCUGUAAUUCAAACUACCCUCCCAUAGCAUUUGGCAACAUCUGAUUUCCCUCUUCACAAGAAGAGAAGGUGAAAGAGGGUUUGCUGCUGCAAGCAACUAUGAUCUUCAAGUUCUAAUCUUUUUCUUCUGAGAGAGACAGGGUCAGAAGAAACAGCAUAUUUAGGAUAUGUCACCCUGUUUCAGUUCAGGUAUUGCCGUGAUUAAUCUUCAUUGGACCCUCCAAAAAUUUCAAUUUCAUCUCUUUUUUCUUAUCCCAUCUUACACUUCCCCACUUUCCAUUCUCUCUGUGUAAGUCCCUCUUAUCCUGUUCUGUUCCCGCAAUUUCUUUGACUUCUAUGAAAACUCGUAACUUCAACUUUCACCAUCAGCAUGUUCCAGCUAAUUAAACCUCUUGAAUCUGAAUUCACCCCUCAUUUUUUUGGGAAAUGCAAAAGGAGAGAUUAAUUCCGUUAUUAUCUUUUGGUACUAUAUUACUUGGUGAACGAGGUUUAGAAACCUCUUCAUUGUUUUUUCGUAACGAUGAUUGGCUUUCUUAAGUUUAGACAGAUAAACAGACAUUAUUUUCCACACUACUUCAUUUCGAAUUUUACAAUGCAGUUCUUUUGCACGCCAACCGUUCGAAAAAGAGCCUCCAAGAGCUGAUAGGAAGAUAUUUUGGCAGUCUGUGACGUUCAUUUUCCACUUUUACGCAUUAAUAUUUAAUAAGUAAAUUAGUUAGUUUUGUUAUUUGCACAAAUUUAACGGGUUUCUGAUUGGCCAUUUUAGGUGACGGCGUAUGAUUUUUGUGUAACAAUGUCCUUGUGGAACAAAUCAUAUGCUUAUGCUUGGUUCCUGCAGACACAAUCUUUCCACAGGGUUUGGUGAUGAAUUUGCUGACACAAUAUCACCCAGUAAGAUUCUCAACAACAAGAAACUUCACUUGCUUUUUCAAUAUCCCUUGCCCAUGAUCAUUCAAAGCCAGAUUCGAUGUAUAUACAAUUGUACAAGACCUAUUGUAUCAACAACAGUAGUCUCCAGUCUCAGUACAGAGUUGUCAACCAACAGUUACAUCAAUUUGAUGUGCAAGCAAGAGCGAUACAAAGAAGCACUUGAUACAUUUAAUUUCAAUCUAGAGAAAUCGAGUAUCCACCUAGAACCAAGCACGUAUGUAAAUCUAAUACUGGCCUGUACCAACUUUAGAUCUUUAAAUUAUGGCAAGAAAAUCCAUGAUCACAUUUCAAAAUCCAAGUGUCAGCCAGACCUUGUUCUCCAAAAUCAUAUUCUUAAUAUGUAUGGAAAAUGUGGUUCUUUGAAGGAUGCUAGAAAAGUUUUUGAUGCAAUGCAGCUGCGUAAUGUGGUCUCUUGGACUAUAAUGAUCUCUGGAUACAUGCAGAAUGGUCAAGAGAAUGAUGCCAUCAUUAUGUAUAUUCAAAUGCUGCGAUCAGGUUAUCUCCCAGACCAGUUUACAUUUGGAAGCAUUAUUAAGGCUUGCUGCAUUGUGGGAGAUAUAGACUUCGGCAGACAACUGCAUGGUCAUGUCAUUAAAUCAGGGAUUUACUCAACUUGGUAAUGAUAUAGAAGCUUUAUAUCUUUUUAGAGAUAUGCUCAGGCAAUCUGUUUAUCAACCAAAUGAGUUUAUAUUUGGUAGUGUAUUCAGUGCUUGUGGAAGCCUUCUAGAACCAGAAUUUGGAAGGCAAAUUCAUGGAGUCUGCGCUAAAUUUGGUUUAGGGAGGAACAUUUUUGCUGGGUGCUCUCUGUGUGAUAUGUAUGCCAAAUUUGGACUCUUACCUUUGGCAGAAAGAGCGUUUUAUCAAAUUGAAAGCCCGGAUUUAGUGUCAUGGAAUGCAAUUAUUACAGCAUUUUCUGAUAGUGGUCAUGUUAAUGAAGCCGUAUCAUUUUUUCACCAAAUGAUGCAUACAGGAUUGAUGCCAGAUAACAUUACUUUUCUCUCCUUACUCUGUCCUUGUGGGAGCUUUCUGACACGUAACCAAGGCAUGCAAAUGCAUUCUUACAUUAUUAAAAUAGGUUUAGAUAAGGAAGCAGCUGUAUGCAACUCUUUGUUGACGAUGUACACAAAGUGUUCAAGUCUACAUGAUGCAUUCAAUGUUUUCACAUAUUUGGGUAAAAGAGCCAAUUUAGUUUCUUGGAAUGCAAUUCUAUCAGCAUGCUUGCAACACAAACAUGCAAGAGAGGCUUUUAGAUUAUUUAAGCUGAUGCUCUUUUCUGAAAAUAAGCCUGACAGUAUCACCAUAACUACCAUAUUAGGAACUUGUGCAGAAUUGGCAUCUCUAGAAGUUGGAAAUCAAGUCCAUUGCUUUACUAUUAAAAGUGGGCUAGUGGUUGAUGUUUCCGUCCGCAAUAGAUUGAUUGACAUGUAUGCAAAGUGUGGAUCACUUAAACAUGCUCGUGAUGUUUUUGAUUCAACCCAGAACCCGGAUAUUGUCUCGUGGAGUAGUUUAAUUGUUGGCUAUGCUCAGUUUGGACUUGGACAUGAAGCUCUUAAUCUCUUUAGAUUGAUGAGGAAUCUUGGUGUUAAGCCUAAUGAGGUCACGUAUCUGGGGGUUCUCAGUGCAUGCAGUCACAUUGGAUUGGUGGAGGAAGGUUGGCACUUGUAUAGAGCCAUGGAAGUGGAACUAGGUAAUGCACCAACAAGAGAGCAUGUUUCUUGCAUGGUUGAUUUGCUCGCUCGUGCUGGAUGCUUGUAUGAAGCAGAGAAUUUUAUUAAGAAAACGGGAUUUGACCCUGACAUUAAUACAUGGAAAACUCUACUCGCUUCCUGUAAAACUCAUGGUAAUGUUGACAUUGCAGAACGAGUUGCAGAAAACAUACUAAAACUCGAUCCUUGCAAUUCAGCUGCUCUAGUGCUACUUACUAACAUAAAUGCUUCAGCCGGCAACUGGAAAGAAGUUGCGAGACUACGGCAUUUGAUGAAACAAAUGGGUGUACAGAAGGUUCCUGGUCAAAGUUGGAUAGAAUUUAAGGAUCAGAUCCACGUGUUCUUCUCAGAAGACACUUCUCAUCCACAGAGCGGAAAUAUCUACAGUAUGUUGGAAGAUUUAUGGUUGCAGAUGCUGGAUCAUGGUUAUGAUCCUUGUCAGAGGUUAGACAUUAACAUUUGGUAGACACUCACCAAUUGUUAUAAUCCUUCCAAAAUCUAUGAUGAUCCUUUACUGAUCCAAUGAGUCGAUGACACUUAAUUUUAAGAGUGAAAUCUGAUCACUAUUCCCAUUUUAUAUUAUAGUAAAGUAAUUAAAGGGGAACUGCUAAGCCGUCAAUCAUUACAGAAACCCCUACAUCAAUCGUUUUCUUCCAUUCGCCAAUGGCAAACAACUGCAUAUUAAUAAAAACGAAUAUAUAUAUGUGUGUGUGUGUGUGUUUAUAAAAAAGAAAAUGUAUGUGUGUGUGUACUUUGGUGUACGCAAUCAAACGAUGAAGAUGAAAAAACAUGUACUUUGGAGUGAAAUACAGAGAUUAUGUAACUAGUGAUAAAUUUUAUAUAUCAGUUCAUUUUUGAAAGGUAAAUAAUUUGGGAACAAAAGAUCACGUCUUAAGUUUAUUACACUUCGGGAACAAUUUGAUGGUCCCAUACAAAAGUUUGAAAUCAAGUAACUGCAACACAAGCAGACACAACACACCAUCUUCUGAACUGAAACAAAUCUUUAUUCACUUUAUCUUAAACACCAGUGCAACAGCAACCCGCUUUCACUUUUAAGCC